AUGGAUAUCGUUCUUGAAAUCUCCGACUACUUUGUGUUUGACCGGUUCUACGCCUGGGCAUUCCCAAAGGGCCCAGAGCUGGCUGUUGGGCACAUGGGAGCUGAUCUUGCAAAUUCGUGGGCACAAUACAAUUCGAGUUCCACAUCGAUGAAUUCGUUAAAAUUUCCGAAACCACUUCAAACUACGUUGAGUACUGUUUGGGGCCAGAUCAGCAAGUUCCAGGACGCUAGCGAAGUGUAUGGAAACGAUGGACGGUUUUUACCUUUAAACUCAUUUACUAAUGAGACAUCUAUGUUGAGAGCCAACGUGGCUCGGCAAGCAUCAAGUAUGCUUAUCGUUACGAUUAUAUUUGGAUUGGUAUUAUACUUUUCUGUGGCAGGGAUUUCGUACUUGACUGUCUUUGACAAGAAAAUAUUCAACCAUCCUCGUUAUUUGAAGAACCAAAUGGCACUUGAAAUCCACCAAGCAACCACCGCCAUUCCCGUGAUGGUGGCUCUCACGCUUCCAUUUUUCAUGAUGGAGAUCCACGGGUUCUCCAAGCUUUAUAUGAACAUUGACGAGCUGACCGGAGGCUGGGAAAGCCAUUUUCAUGCAAAUCAUCACCUUCAUUUUGUUCACCGAUUGUGGUAUCCUAUUUCAUCCAUAGAGGUCUCCACUACCCUGCCGUCUACAAGCGUCUCCACAAACCUCACCACAAGUGGAUCGUGUGUACUCCAUUUGCCUCGCAUGCUUUCCACCCAGUGGACGGAUGGGCUCAGUCUCUUCCUUACCACAUCUACCCUAUGCUUUUCCCACUCCACAAGGUGCUGUACUUGCUUUUGUUCACUUUUGUUAAUUUCUGGACGGUAA